AUGGAGCCCUUCCUCAGGAAGCGGCUGUCCUUCCUGUCCUUCUUCUGGGACAAGAUCUGGCCGGCAGACGCCCAGGACCACAGCAUCCCUUGCUUCCCGGACCCUGAUGCUGACUCUGAGCUGGAGUCCCCAGCCCCUGCGCUCUGCAGCCCCCCUGCGCCCGGGCAGCUCUUCAAGGCACUGUGUGACUUUACUGCGCGGUGUGCAGGCGAGCUGAGCUUCAGCCGUGGGGACAGCCUCUUGGCCCUGAAGGAGGAGGGUGACUACAUCUUUGCCCGCAGGCUUGCUGGCAGGCCCAGCGUGGGGCUCGUGCCUAUUGCCUACUUGGCCAAGGCCACCCCGGAGAUGCUCUCAGACCAACUCUGGUACUUCAGCGGCAUCAGCCGCACCCAGGCCCAGCAGCUGCUCCUGUCCCCGGUCAACGCUCCAGGGGCCUUCCUUGUCCGGCCCAGUGAGAGCAGCCAAGGAGACUACUCACUGUCAGUCCGGGCCCAGGCUCAAGUCCGCCACUACCGCAUCUCCACGGCGGCUGACGGCAGCUUCUACCUGCAGAAGGACCGUCUCUUCCCCAGCCUGGAGGAGCUGCUCACGUACUACAAGGCCAACUGGAAGCUGAUCCAGAACCCGCUGCUGCAGCCCUGCGUGUCCCAGAAGCCCCCUGAGCAGGAUGAGUGGGAGCGGCCGCGCUCAGAGUUCGCCUUGCAGAGGAAGCUGGGCGAAGGCUACUUCGGGGAGGUAUGGGAAGGCCUGUGGCUCAGCUCUGUGCCCGUGGCCAUCAAGGUCAUCAAAUCAGCUGACAUGAAGCUUGCUGACCUCGCCAAGGAGAUCCAGACACUCAAGAGCCUGCAGCACGAGCGCCUCAUCCAGCUGCAUGCCGUGUGCUCCACCGGCGAGCCUGUGUACAUUGUCACUGAGCUCAUGCGCAAGGGCAACCUGCAGGCCUUCCUGGGCAGCCCUGAAGGUCGUACCUUGAACCUGCCUGUCCUGCUGGGCUUUGCCUGCCAGGUGGCUGAGGGCAUGAGCUACCUGGAGGGGCGGCGCAUUGUGCAUCGAGACCUGGCCGCCAGGAACGUGCUUGUGAGCGACAACCUGGCCUGCAAAGUGGCUGACUUUGGCCUGGCCCGGCUGCUCAAGGACGACGUCUACUCCCCGAGUAGCGGCUCCAAGAUCCCUGUAAAGUGGACGGCGCCGGAGGCCGCCAACUACCGUGUGUAUUCCCAGAAGUCGGAUGUCUGGUCCUUCGGAGUGCUGCUCUAUGAGGUGUUCACCUAUGGCCAGUGUCCCUAUGAAGGAAUGAGCAACCACGAGACGCUGCAGCAGAUUGCAAGGGGGUACCGGCUGCCCCGCCCGGCCGCCUGCCCUGCCGAGGCCUACGCGCUCAUGCUGGCGUGCUGGAAAGGCAGCCCCAAGGAGCGGCCGGCCUUCGCAGUGCUGCAGGAGAAGCUGGGCACCAUCCACGGGCGCCUCCACCCUGCCCUCACGUGA